UACUUAGAGAGUGCAUAUAGCAGUCUUCUGGCAAAAUAGAAAACAUUUGUAUACAGAGAUUCUAACUUGUCAGUUUUUUCAGUCUACCCUUGCUUUUUUCUGGACAAAAGCACCUAUAAGGAGAAACUAUGUCAAUGGGAAUGGAGAUUGGGGGCAUUGGCCUUGGUGUGUUAGGCUGGAUCAUUGCUAUUGUCACCUGUGCUCUGCCUAUGUGGAGGGUCACAGCUUUUAUUGGAGCUAACAUUGUUACAGCUCAGAUCAUAUGGGAGGGCAUCUGGAUGACCUGUGUAGUUCAGAGCACUGGACAGAUGCAGUGUAAGAUCUAUGAUUCCUUACUGGCUCUCUCCCAGGACCUGCAGGCAGCCCGGGCCAUGAGUGUGAUCUCUGUUAUCCUGGGUGUGCUAGCUUUGUUAAUCUCCAUCAUGGGUGCAAAGUGCACCAACUGCAUUGAUGAUGAAGCAUCGAAGGCUAAAGUCAUGAUAAUCUCUGGGGUAUUCUUCAUCAUCUCUGGUAUGCUCACGUUAAUCCCUGUAUCCUGGACUAUAUCCGUCAUCAUCCAAGAUUUCUACAAUCCCAUGUUGAUCUCAGCUCAGCGUAGAGAGCUGGGAGCAUCGCUCUACUUAGGCUUUGCAGCUGCUGGGCUUCUCAUCAUUGGAGGAGCCAUGCUGUGCUGCACCUGCCCCCCAAAGGAAAGAAGGUACAAGCCCCCCAAAAUGGCCUACUCUGCUCCACGCUCUAUCAGUGGCUAUGACAAGAAGGACUAUGUUUGAAAUGGAUGAAAAAUAGAAGUUAAGACUUUAUCAUCCUAAGGAUGACGAAGAUGCCUCUGAAAAGACUCCGAGAUGAAGGAAGUCAUUGUUCUGUCAAUAUUUGCUUUGUGUUGUAUUUGCUGUGUGUUUUUGGAGUUGGUUUUAUGGGUGUGCCUGUCCAGAAUUUGCAAUGGGAAGUAAAAAAGUUGUUAGUCUUCUAAAAAAUGUAAUUAAUUAUAUUGAGUUGUUGCUAUUAUGACUGAGUAAAACAUUUUAUUAUUUUUAUUGUUACAUUACAUAGAUAAGUCUUUUUUCUUGGUUUGUUUAGGAAAUAAUAUAUAUUUUUAAAAAGUACAGCACUACAACUAAUGUUUUGAAAUACGGUAUGUGGUGAAGUAAAAGUUUCACCAAGCUUUGUCCCCUAAUUCAUGUGAAGCAAAAAGGAAGAGCUACUCUUUUACAUCUAUUUGCUUAUGAAAAUAUGAACAGGGACAGAAGCUGAAAAUGUAAAGGCUUUGCCUAGACCCUUCUUAACUCCUCUUUUAUUCCUUUUUAAAGGGUCUCAAUGGACUUGGUUGCACUGUAUUUAAAUGUACACAUGUUUAUGUCUCAAUUAUCAUGUAAAGUUUCUGCAAGUGUAACUGUUCUUGCCAUUUUACAUUAAGGAGUACAGACUGUGA